GAGAAUCUGUGUACGGACUCCAUUUCUCAGGGGACCGUUUCUCCUGCACAGCCUUCGCGCCCUUUUUCGUCACUCUCUUCCCGCCUAAUGACCGCGCCGCCCACUUUUACUCGCGGCGGCCAUUUUCUAAUCGCGGCCCCUGACCGGAUUAUUCACUCUGUGGGCACUACUACAAUCCUCUACAGGAAGGUAAGUUAAUUAUUAUUUGGCCCAUACAUUAAAGUCUUGCCACUGAAGAUCAGAAUACUGAUCAUAAUUUCUUCUUUCACCUUGCAGAUUUUUGCUGCUAGCCAAGUCCUGCCUGCUAAACUGUUUGGGUGA